AUGACCGCGAGGAACCGGAAAUUACCGCAGCACGUGGCUGGAGUCGGGACGCUGGAAAGGGUACUCGCCGACGGCGGCCGCCGCCACAGCGAAUCGCUGGGAGUGGCAACCGAAGACGGCGGCCGCCGCACCAGCCGUCGCGUGUGGAGGAUAAACGGCCGGCACGGCCAUCGCGGCGACCAGUCCAGGGAAAGAGUUAGCGAAGGCCAGGGCUUUAGUCGUAGCGAAGACAGGGAAAGAAUCCGUGAAGGCAGCGACCACCGCUGCAGGGUACCGACAGGAAGAGCAAGUGAAGACGUCGGCUUCUCCCGCAAUGUCUCAAGAAGGGUCAGUGAAGACCUGGGCCACCGUCGCAGUGUCUCUCAGGAGAGAGUCAGGGGAGACGGUGGCCACCGUCCCAGCAACUCAUGGGAGAGAGUAAGGGGAGACCGCAGCAGCGACGUGAGUUUAACUGAAGUCGGAAGCCACCCCACUAGUGACUCCGGGGGAACGGUCAGAGAAGACCGCGGCCUCCGUCUCAGUGGGACUUGGGAGGGAGUCAGGGAGGUCCGGGGUCCCCGAACCAGCGACUCCGGGGAGAGAGGCAGUGACGACCACAGCCUCCGCCUCAGUGGUUCUUGGGAGGGUUCUUGGAUGGCGGCCGCAGCCUCAGCAGUUCCUGGGAGGAGGCGGUGA